UUUGCUUGUGCUCACUGAACUUCCGCUUUCCUCUCUCUUCACAAGAAAUUUUUUAGAAUUAGUGACAAAACCAAGAAGAGGAAACUUUUGCAAACCUUCCUCCCAGAAGAAUGUAUUUUUUGGUAAUCCUGGUUUUUCUAGGACGAAUUACUGGUGAGACUUUCUUUCAUCAUUAUGAAAACGGAAAUUUCACACUUAUAUGCAAUGAAACAGUGGCUAAUGGGAACAAGGAAACAAUUUGGUACAAAACUGGAGAAACUCUGGAACAAUUCAAAGAAAUCAACUGCAGUAAUCAAGGGGCAGAAGAAAUGAACAAGUCAAAAAAAGGCUGUGGUAACACAAAGUGUACAAACCAAUUACCAAAUUCUGCUUCCACAGGUGGUGGGGUAUUUGCAUGUGAACAAUUUACAAAUACUGGCACAUCACAGACUUGCCCACUUUUUACCAAUGUGACUCACUGCAGACAUUAUAACUUUUUUAUUGUGGUGAUAAUAAACAUAACUGCAGAUAACGAGAGUUCUGAGAGCAUUCAUGCAAAAUCACACAAUAAUCGUUCAGCAGAAGAAGAAAGUAACAUCACUCUGUCUUGUGAAUUUAAAAUGAAGCACUCAGGACAAUCAUUUGUUAUAUAUUGGAUCAAAUAUACAGAAACAAGCAAAUGCCUGUCUUCUGUUCAGACAGAGCAAGUUACUUCUAAUUUCUCAUAUAAUACACUUUGCUGUAUUGAUGAGAUGAUCAAAGGGCGACUAUUGUACAAUACAAGCUUAGAUACAACCAAGUUACAUGUAGUCCAUAAUAUUACCAUCUUGAAUGUUAUUUACUCUGACAGUGGAACUUAUUUAUGUGUUGUAAAUACCUGGUCAAAUGGUAAACAUGUGUGGAAGAUUGCAAAUAACCUUUCUAUAGAAGUGAGGAUUCAAGCCAUUCCAUGUCUGGGCUGCUGUGAGCCAUGCAGUAUCCAGUUCCAGGCAAUUGAACUGAGACUGAACUUCUGUGCUGCCAGUGACAUCCCUGCUGGGCCCAGGCUUCAAUGGAGGAGAAGGAAUGAAGAGAUGAUAGAAGCCUUUGCUUCCGUGCGGUUGUAUGCCACCACUGGAUUGAUCGUAGGGAUUAUCAUCAUCAGUGGGAUAGCAUGGUUAAUCUAUAAAAAGAAAAUCAAAUCAAAAGGAAAGCCAUCUGCACAACUUCCCAGAGCUCAGGCUGCUCUUGAAAUUCCAGGAGAUGAAUGUUCCCCGUACGCAAUAAGCAGCAGCAAAGACUUGCAAAGAAAUGAAGUGUUGUAUUCACUUGCAACAAGCCCAUAUGAGGACCCAGAUGCAGCCAAUUGUACGGUGAAUAACACUGCAGCAUCUGGCAAGGGGCCAGGAGAUGACAUACAUACAGUCUAUGCAGUGGUGCAACAACAGCUGUUCCUAGCUGGAGAAUGGAAGUUGGUUUGAAAAUGACUAUCAACUUUUGGCUGAUUUUCGGGGAAAAAACCCAGCAUAGUAGCCUUGACUACCCAAUUUUGACUAUUCAGUGAGCUAUCUUACAAAAUAUAAUGGGGCAGAUCGUCUGCUGAUAUAAAUUCUCAUAGCUCCGUUAUGAAGCUAUGACAGUUUGCACCAGACGAUCAUAAGAAUUGUCACACUCAGAUCAUUGGUUCAUUUAGUUCAGAAUCCUGUCUUCAGCAGUGGCCUUCACCAGAUGUGUCAGAAGUAGAUGCAAGAAUCCCCAUAAUGGACAGUUAUGGCAUAACUUGCUCACAGGGGAAGUUUCUUCUCAACACCUAUCAGCUAGAGGUUUGCUAUGCCUUGAAGCAAGAGUGUUUAUAACCCUCAUACAUAUUAUGCUAUCUAAUGUAACGUUAUCCUUCGUGUAUCAAAACCUAUAUAAAUGAAUGAUUGCUUUAGGAACAAAGAUCUUUAUUUUCCUCCAGUUUUACAUUGGUGUAAUUCUGUUGGCCCCACUGAAGAUACUCCUGCUUUACAUUGGUGUAAGUGAGUGGAGGAUCAGAAGCUUAGGGCAUGGCUACACUGGAAACUUCAAAGCGCAGUCGCGGGAGCUUUACUGGUAAUCCACCUCCACGAGGGGACUAGCUCCGAGUGCUGGGAUGAGCCUGUUUACACUAGCGCUUUAAAGUGCUCUGACUUGCUGCGUACACCCCUGAGCCAGCAAGUUAGAAUGCUAUAAAAUGUAAGUGUAGCCAAGCCCUGAGACACUCAGGUGUGAUUACUAGAGCAGGCAGAAUCAAUUAAGGACACUAUUAGCCCCUACAUAAGUUUUUCUUCUUUAAAACAGCCACAUUGGCUAUAAAGUUGCGAAGGGAGACUGGGGCCCUUUAUGUAGUCCCAGAAAAGGUACAGCACAAACCAUGUUCCAGGAACUAGCAGAGCCACUCUCCUAGUAACCUAACAAAAACAGCUGGCUUGUAGUUGGCUGCCUGAUUGACUGCACUGCCUGAUUGGUUUGAAGAGUCAGCAGGCCAGCACUUAAGCCCAGCAGCAGUUCAGUGUCUCUUCAAAGCAUUUACUCAUGGCUGAGCUAGCUCCUAUGUGUGCUUGUUCUAGCCCUGCCCCACUUCAGGUAACCUGUUUCUGACCCUUGGACCUGAUUCCUAAUUUCAGUUCUGGCACCUAGCCUCUGAUUGUGGCUCUGACCCUGGGCUCUGGUGCCUGUGUCAACCACUCGGCGUGACUGCCCAUGUCCUGGCCACUGACACCAUGGCAGUGCCAGUGUCCUCACGUAAGCCUUUUUAGCCAUCACAAAGGUGAGAGGAACCUCUGCUAGGAUGAGAGAAUAGUUGUAUCUCUGUGCAUAUUUAAAUAUUCAGUCCACUGGAAUUUCCAUAUUCUCCAUUUACUUUCCCCUGCCCACCUUACAAGCUUGACACUGAGUGAAGUGAUCCUCUUUCAAGAGUCUGUUGGCUCCAUUCUGGAUGCUCAAAUGGGAUCACUCCAAGGGGCUGAGUGUGAUGUCUUUGCAAGGGUGCUGGAACAACUUAUAUAGUGGAGGUGCUGAGAGCCAUUUAACCAAACUGUAAACCCUGUAUAUAACAGAAACUACUUCAAGCCAGGUGGUGUGGCAGCACCCCUAGUUCCAGUGUUCCAGGUCCAGGUAGGGUGACCAGAUAGCAAGUGUGAAAAAUUGGGACACUUUUAUGGGGAGGGGAGCGUAUAGUUGCCUGUAUAAGAAAAAUCCCCUAAUAUCGGGAUGUCUGGUCACUCUAGGUAUAGGGAACUUGAGGCCUGAACUUGGACAUGGUACACUGCAUUGCUACAAGCUCACCCUGGUCCCAGGAGCAGCAGGAUGGAGCAAUGUUGGGGGGAGGGGCAUGUGAAUCUCUCCUGCCCACUCUCCUCCCUCGGCUGGCAGCCACAAGGGCCGGCUGAAAGAACUUUUUAAAAGUUUCCGCGGGCCGCAGUGGGGAGGUUCUCGGGCCACAGAUGAUCCACAGGCCGGGACUUUGAGACCCCUGGUCUAUAGCUCUAAUCCUGCUUAUACUUAAGCACAUGCUUAACUUUAAGCAUGUUAGCUUCACUGAAGGGAAAGGGACUAUUUAUAAGGUGUGAAAUUCAGCAUAUUCUUAAGUGUUCACAGGAUCGGGGUUUAUGUAGGUGCAAGAUUAUUAUAAUAUAAAAUAAAAGGGAAUGUAGGGACCUACAAGACCUCACAAGCAGCAUAGCCCUACUAGUUACACUGCAUCCUGGGCUGUCCAUGUCCAUGGAGGAGUGGGAGAGAAUUUCAAAAUGUGCUAAUUUCAGUCAUAUAUGGUAAUGGACUUCCCCUCUCCUGUUGGCUGGGUGGCAGGUGGGUGUGGUUUGAGAAAGGCUGGGAGAUUGGUAAUUUAAACAAAGUAGUUUUUUGGGUGGGGGAGAAGGGGCUGCCUCUUGUCAGCUCCAGGCAGGCACUAGAUGCAAUGUGAGGGCUCUAGCUGCGUUAAAGUUUGUUUGGAGUUUUAGAAAGCAUGAUCCUACUUCAUUCCUUCAGCUAUUCCUGCUGCUACAGUGUUAUGAGGCGGAAUUUCUCAAUAGACCAAAGGAACCAAUUCUUCUCUCUCAAAUAUUUUUUAGAAUUAUGAUUUUGAUAUGAAUGAAAAUUCAAAGUUAAGACUGAAGCAUCAUCCUUGAACUUCUCUGUGCUCACAUAUUGUGCAGCUGCCAGAGAGUGAAUUCUUGGGUCAACUGAAUUUACUUGUUUUGCCAAGGAAGUUUUUCCAUCAGUGGAGCUAGGAUUUCACCUACAGCUUUUGUAAAAUUGCCCACUGGUACUUCAGACCUUUGAAUACUUUGGCACAAUAAGUGAAGAGCAAAUUGACAUAUUCUAGUCAAAUGUCCUUGCUGUUUUUGGUUACAACAUUAAGGUAAUGUAACAAUUUUUGUACUUAGUUAUUAAAAUAACUAUGCACCCUGGCCUAAUGGCACAAGAUCCAUUUUAUAACCUCACUAAUGUUGCCAAAACCACACUGUGCUUACAGCAGAGGACCACAAUUGAUGUGUUCAAGUCCAAUAAUCUGGAUGAACCCUACUGGGUGAUAGAAUUUCAUUUUGCAUUUCCAAAUAAUUUGUGGUGAUCUUCUGACAAAGUCCUAAAGCGAAAGCAACAUCAAGUAAUGUGAAAUGCCUGGAUAAAAACUACAUUAUGAACAUAUUCAACAAACAAAACUGAUAUCAUCUAUGUAUGUAGUAGAACUGAACAAAGAUAGGAGGAUUUCCAGAGUACGCAGUAAAAAUAUUUAACUAUCGGAACAGUCAAAUAAUUAUUAGCUGUAGGCAAAUUGUUGUGGUUAUAAUGCGCCGGAUAUAAGAACUGGGUAUCUGGCCCUAUUUCUUUCUCUUUACUCCAAGCUCUUAAUAAUGAUGUGCCAUCUGGAAGAGAUUAAGAAUUUUUUUGUUAAAUAUUUUUUACAACCCAUGUUUCUUUGAAAGCCUAAAGUAGAUUUAUCUCAUCACCAGAAAAUAUGUAUCAUGUUUACUGGUGGCUAGAGGUUAUGGCAAAGUAUGUUAUACAUGGUGUACUGAAUUUUAAAAUCAUAUAGUAAUUGUAAGGAAUAUUAUCUGUUCGGAAAAUUAAAGCAAAUUUGAUUUAAUGCCAA